AUCUCGUAAACAAGGAUUUUGAAGAGCAGACGCGGAGACAGAACACUAAACAGCUGAUCGAGGAGCCGUCUGUGUGCCUGAAGUUCUGGACUUGUGUGUACUGGACCUGUCGGUAGGGACGGUAACCUACCGCUGUCAUGGAGCCGCGGCAACAGGGCCUUUUGGAGACAGAGCCUUUGCGGGAGGUGGACGAGGACAUGGUGUCCGAGGUGGACCUCAACAAUAGUGUUACCGAUGAGGAGAGAGAGGAGAUGAACAAUGAACUAGUCAAGCUGGAGGAGGAGAUCUCCACCCUGAAGCAGGUCCUGGCCUCCAAGGAGAAGCGUCACUUCGAGCUGAAGCAGAAGCUGGGCAUCACGCCCCUGAGCGAGCUCCGGCAGAACUUCAACCGCAGCUGGACCGACAUGCAGACCUCCACCGUUUACAAGAAGACCUCUGAAACACUGACCACAGCUGGACAGAAGACCACAGCAGCAUUUACCAACCUUGGCUCUGCAAUCACCAGGAAGUUUGGAGACAUGAGAUCAAACUCCUUAGGCUACUCUAUCCGCCACUCAAUGAGUAUGCCUGCAAUGAGGAAUUCGCCUAGUUUCAGAUCUUUCGAAGAGAAGGUGGAGAAUACUGUUACCACCAUCAAGUCCAAGGUGGGUCCCGGAGCUGGAGGUGGAGGGGGCAACUUCGAGGAGGUCCUCUCCUCUGCCGCAAACGCCAGCUCCCAGGACACGCCUACCAACACCCUGAGCGAGAGCACCGAACACCCCUGCUAGAGUGACGCCACCACCACCACCACCACAAGUCCUUCUGUUCAGACCCUGACGGCACUCUGCCGCCCCCUCUGGCUAGGAGGUCACACUGCAGGCCAGGGACAGAAAAACACUACAGGAGGUCUUUAAGACUCAGACUGCAAACCCACAGUAUAACGUUACCUGCCAGCCACACCUGUUUCUAUGGUACAUGCCAGAGAAGAGAUUGUGUUGCUGUAAGCAGCUUGUAACUGUCACUGUUCAUGGACAACUCUGAAUGCUUUUUUUCUAUCCGAAGUAAGUUGACCCAGUAAAGCAAAUUUGUACUAAUUAGAUUUGAUUCAAACAAUGUUUUUAAGUGUAUUUUCUCAAGAUUAAGGCUUAUUUGCAGACUUCCUUUGUCAGAACACCAUCAGAUACUUUUCAACAAAACAACAAAUGUGGCAUACAAUGUUUCCUAUUUCUAAUACUUGAAAUGGCAUGCACAAUAGCGUUACACUGCACUAUAAGAAGGACCAAGACCAAAUGUACUUGAAUAAGAAUCACAUUGUUUCAUCUCUGUGCACCAAACUGCACCCAAGCCCUCACCUCCAGGCUCAUCUGGUGGUGCACGCACAUCAAAAGCUCAUGGUCCAAAUUCAGUUAGCAUUCCUUAGCUAAGCAGCUGUUACAAAGUGCCCUAGGUUUUUCAUUAUUGUAAAAUGUGACUCAAAUAAGUGAACAGAAACUGUUACAUCCCUUUACUUAACUCAAAUUGUUUGAGAGAAUGUGUGUGUGUUUAUGUAUACUGGUGAGUGAAUGGUCGUGUUUAUGUAUUGACUUGAGUUUUCUGCUGUUUUUUCAAGCAAUUCUGAAAUGUAAUGUUAUAAUAACAAUAAGCGAUACACUUAAACUGUUAGUGAAGCUCCGUUUUUUUUGUUUGUUUUUUUCUCUUCAAAACUAAAAUAUGUCCCUGCUAAUGUUUAUCAAGUUUUGGACUUCAUAUAUUCUAGUCCAAAAGACUUGUGUUAUGAUCAAAUAAAUAAUAAUGCAACUAA